AAUUUUCAUUAGCUGCUCUGCAUAUUAAAGCAACGACAUUGCAAAAUGAAAGGUUUAACUGUAAUAGCUUUUCUGGGUUUCGUCAGCGUUGUUGCAGGUGAUUGGAGAUGUUUGGCUUUAGGAGGAAACUGUCAAUAUACGUUUGCAAGAUACUGUAGUGGUAGUUAUCGUCGAAAUUUGUGCAGAGGAAGUUACAGCAGGAGGUGUUGUCUUUCAAACUCUAGUGGAUCAUGUUCCGAGAGUGCAGCAGCUUGUAGAAUUUUGGCGCUUCAUAACAGCGGUGAUAUAUUUCUUCGGAAUCGACAUCCUUCUGGGGUAAAUGAUGGGGCUUUUCCGUUACUCAACAUCCGAGAUGCUUGUAAUGGACGAGAAGCGAAAAGAUCAAGUUAUAGUUGUGGAGAAUGUAGCUCAGGGUCUGCUCCAGGCGGUUCAGUUUGUAUUGAUAAUAGAGUAUUAUCAUAUAUUGAAGCUAUUUCUGAAUUACAUUCUGUUACGAUAACCUCCAUUGCUGGUGCCUGUCACGGUUGUAAUUCCAAACAUUAUCUUGGUAGGGCAGUAGAUGUCCGUAGAAAUGGACCAUACCCGUCUUAUGUCACCAAAUGUAACCAACUUGGAGGACGCGGUAUAGACGAGAGGACUCAUAUCCAUUGCCAAUUUUAAUUAACUCACUGUAACUAGCAGUGCCCUGUUUUGUCCAUGAAUAUAGUAAACUAUUAUCACAACCACGACUUUUAUCACAACUACGAUAGCGAACUUUUGCAAGGGAAAGUGUAACAUUUAUUUUAUAUAAAUCCCUAAUAACUAUUAAAAAGGUUGCUGUAUAUCUGUAAAUCUAA